AUGAAGUUCAACCUCUCUCUCGCCCAAGCCGUCAUCGGUCUGGUAUGUUUGGCGAACCCGGUCGUUGCUAUGACGGAAGUAUUCAAAGCACUAGAUUACUUCGAAGGCGGCUGCAAGGUUACCAUUUACUACCCGGGAAUCCCGACGGGAAUUGUGAUGGAUAAUUUGGUUCCACCGGGAGAAGUGAUCACGGUGGCGUUGGAGAAUGGCAAGGUUUACGCCAAAUCAAACAAGAACUGCAAAUUCGAGCCGCAUAACAGUGAGGGUAACCCUUGGCCGUCGGGGCUCAGAAUCAGGGCACAUUAUGUGCGACCAGGAAAACGCAAGGUGGAUUAG